AUGUCUUUCUUGAGAAACUGGUUCGGUACCUCCACCACCGCUCCUGAGGUUCAGAAGGAUCAAAAGGAGCCAGUCCGCGCUCUACCCGCGUCAUGGUAUACCUCACAGGAGAUGUAUGAGCUGGAGCGUCGCUCCAUCUUCUCUCGCAAGUGGCUUCUCACCACUCACAAGCACCGCGUUCCUAACGCCGGUGACUGGGUCGAGUACGAUGCUGCCGGCUUCAAGUUCAUCGUCUCCAGAGACGGUAACGGUCAGAUCAAGGCCUAUCUACACGACACCAGCUUGACCCCCGUGCAUGUUCACAUAGAUCGCAACGAUUUCAUCUGGGUCAACCUGGACUCCAGUGAGACUCCCGAAGUUGCCUGGGAGGAUGACUUCAAGGGCGUCGAUGAGCAGCCCCGUUUCGAUUAUUACAAUUUCGACGAGUACAACUUUGACCACACAUGGGACAUGGAAGGGGACUUUAAUUGGAAGAUCCUGGCCGACAACUACAACGAGUGCUACCAUUGCCAGGUUGCUCAUCCUGAUAUUCCCACGAUUGCCGAUCUCCACUCCUACUACGUCAAGACCAAAGAUGGCCACAUUCAGCACUAUGGGGCUCAACGUCAAGACCAGAUCGACAAGGGUUUCCGCAUCGCAACAACCUAUUUCUGGCCCAAUGCCUCUUGCAAUGUCUCUCCACACUUUUUCUUCAUGCAGCGCUUCACUCCCAUGGGUCCCACCAAGUCCGUGAUGCGCUACGAAGUCUACCGACACAAGGAUGCUACUGAUGAGCAGUUUGAGCUCAUCAGCAACAUGUACAAGCGUAUCAUGUCCGAGGACAAGUAUCUGUGCAUCCACACGCAGAAGAAUCUCAACGCCGGUGUCUUUGUCAAUGGUCUCCUCCACCCGGAGAUGGAGAAGGGACCCCUGCACUUCCAGAGCACAGUCCGAGAAGUUGUAACGGAACACUUCAACAAGGAGGAAGCUGCUGGACACCAAAUCUGCCCUGCCAAAAUUGAAACCCCCAACGUCGAUGAGAUUGCCCUUCGCACGGGUAACAGCACCUACACAGACACGGAUCACAUGCAGGAUUCGCUCACGGGUGGUUUUGCUCCAGCAAUUGUUGUUUGA